AUGAAGUCCAAUGGCAAUGAUAAAGAUUUUGCUGAAAUGGAAAUACGAUCAUCAAAUGAUCAUGAUGUUGCAGCAAAUACUGAUGUUAACGGUCAAAGUGAAAAUGUAAAUAAUCGAACGAUAGAUCGUCGAGGAAGUGUUCAUGUACGGUUUCAAGACUUGUCGCCGCCGUUGAGCAUUAUUGAAGAUGAAUUUCAGGAUGUUAACCUUGGCGAAGUGGACUCCAAAUCAAAAGACAAUGCGAGUUUCGACGUCAAUGGAACAGAAAUUGAGAAUGAAGGGAAAAGGAAAAGCAACUUGAAGUCAGUACUUGGGCAUACAGCAAAUUCAAUGAAGUCUGCUUUAAGGACGACAGUUAAGUCUGAUAAACCACCUGCUAAGGCAAAGAAAAGUGUCCAUGUCUCUUUUCCGGAAGUCGAAGAAAUUCCCAUGGAUGAUAUGAAAAAGCCGUCGCAUCCCUCUAGCGAAGUUGAGGUUACUCCAAAGGUUUACGGCCGUCAUAACAUACCCAAGGAAUUGCUACGAAAAGAAGGAAAAAAAAUAUCGUUUCCGAACCCUUUGACAUAUCUUAGUAACAAGAUUGCAUCCUUAUUUGAAAGGGACUUCCGUCAAUUGAAAUCAAAAAAUGGAAGGCAUAUUAUCAUUGAUCCAUAUAACGACUCUUCGCAAAUCGAUGAACGUAUUGGAAAACCCUUUAUAAAAAAUAGCAUUGUAUCGUCUCGUUACAAUAAAUAUAACUUCGUUCCUUUGCAAAUUAUUGCUCAAUUUUCAAAGACUGCUAAUUGCUAUUUCCUAUUAAUUGCAAUUAUGCAGAUGAUCCCGGGAUGGUCCACUACGGGUACAUACACUACUAUCAUACCUUUAUUGAUUUUUAUUUCUAUUGCAAUCUUACGUGAAGGAUAUGACAAUUUUCGUCGUUACCGUCAAGAUCGUGUGGAAAAUCGAGUUCAGGUUCAGGUUUUAAGGCAUGUUGAUAAUGCACCUCCUAUAAUAGAUGAACAGCCAUCUUUUUUUCGUAGAAGAAAAUGGAGAAAACGAAGAGUAUCUCAGGAUACUGGAUCUAGAAGUAAUCGCUCCAAUUCCGUCCAAGGAAUACCCGACUCCCCUACUCUGCAUUCACCUACCAUCGUUCAAUCCAAGGAUGCUUCCACAAAUUUAGAUCCUCAAAAAUUAACUCCCUUUGAAUCUAUAAUCAAACCCACAUUCUUUUGGGCUAACUGUGAUUGGAAAGAUGUGCGUAUCGGUGACAUAGUAAGACUAACUUCUAAUGAGUCUGUUCCUGCCGAUGUAAUUGCUCUAUCCAGUCCGUACCCCAAUGGUGCUGUGUAUGUUGAAACAGCAGCUUUAGACGGGGAGACAUCUUUAAAAACGAAGCUGGUGAACUCUACUUUACGGUCUCGUUGCACAGAUAUCAAUGGCCUUAGCAGCCUUUCUGGUGAAUGUAUAGUUGAAGAUCCCAAUGGAAAUUUAUACGAAUUUAAUGGAAGAAUUCUUCUUAACUCAGAAGAAAAAGAAAUUCCUAUUGCUAAUAACGAUGUCAUAUAUAGAGGUUCAAUCUUAAGGAACACUCCAGAAUUAUUUGGGUUGGUUAUAUACACAGGAGAAGAAACCAAAAUUCGAAUGAAUGCAUCUCGUAACCUUCGAGUCAAAGCGCCCUCCAUGCAACGGGAUACGAACAAAAUUGUAAUAUUCAUUUUUGUUUUAGUCUUGAGUAUGGCAAUUUACUGUACCGUUGCAUAUUUUAUAUGGCAGAAAAAGGUAGAAACAAAGUUGUGGUACUUGUCAGAUGGAAGGCUUGCUGUUGUGCCUGUUCUUGUCUCCUUUAUCAUUCUAUACAACACGAUGGUUCCUAUUUCUUUAUAUGUAUCAAUGGAAAUUAUUCGUGUUUGUCAGACUUUCCUAGUCCAGAGCGACAUUGAUAUGUAUUACCCCGAUACCAAUACGCGCUGUGAAAUCCGAAGUUCAUCUAUCCUUGAAGAGCUAGGCCAGGUAACUCAUGUUUUUUCAGACAAGACAGGAACCCUUACAGAUAACAUUAUGCUAUUUCGCAAUUUAUCAGUUGGAGGUUUUGCUUGGCAACAUAUUGGGGCCGAAAAUCCUAGAUUAUUGCCAACAACCAAUAAGAAAGAUGCUAAUGAUGAAAUCAAAACUCCCCAGUUUUCAGAAAAUAUCGAAGGGACUACUAUUCAAUUGCUCCAAUACGUGAAUGACAAUCCCCACACUACUUUUUCCAAGAAAGUCAGAAUAUUUCUUUUGAGUAUGGCUAUAUGCCACACAUGUCUUCCAUCAUAUGAUGAAAAAGAUGAUAUAUAUCGCUAUCAGUCUACGUCUCCUGAUGAAUUGGCUCUUGUACAUGCCGCACAACAACUUGGAUAUAUUGUUAUAGAUCGUGAUAUGGACGCCGUUACAAUUCGUUUACAUUAUCUCUUAGAUAAUCGUUCCCACCCAAUCACAAAAACCUAUAAGAUAUUGAACACUAUCGAAUUCAGCAGUAAAAGGAAGCGAAUGUCGGUAAUCGUUCGAAUGCCAAAUGGUCGUAUUUGUUUAUUUACCAAAGGAGCUGACUCUACAAUAACCGAAAGACUUCGGCUUUCAGAGCUUGCCAAAAGGAAAAGUCAUACUAUUACCAAAGCAGAAAAAGCCCGAAAAAGUGUAGAAAUUGAUAAAGCUAUUAUAAGAAACAGUAUGAGUACCGCUAGGCCAAGUUUGACAGCAUCACGACCUAGUUUGACUAGAAGACGUGCAGAUUAUAUAAACAAUGUCACUUCGUGGUUAGAUGAACGCAGACAGAGAAUGGGCUCAAUUCGACCGCGAGCCAGUACCAGUAUACUAGACACUAGACGCCGUCCAGCACCUGGGAGACAUUCAUUUGCUGUUGGAGAACGACUUUCAGAUAAAAAGCCUUCUAAGAAAGAGGAAGCAGAAGGAUCGACGUUUGAGGGCUUAUGCCACAAUGAUGCUGCAAUAUUUGAAAACACUUUCAAGCAUGUUAAUGCUUUUGCUUCAGAUGGCUUAAGAACACUUAUCUAUGCUCACAAAUAUUUGGAAGAGGAAGAGUAUCAGGAGUGGAAAGCAAUAAACGAUGAAGCUUUAAGUAGCUUGACUAAUAGACAACAGCUAUUGGAUGACGCUGCCGAGUUGAUUGAGAACAAUUUAGAAUUUUCAGGUGCGACUGCGAUCGAAGACAAAUUACAAGCAGGCGUUCCUGAGUCGAUCAAUUCCCUUUUUAGAGCUGGCAUAAAGUUUUGGGUUUUAACUGGUGAUAAAAAGGAAACUGCAAUUAAUAUUGGGCACUCUUGUGGUGUUAUUAAAGGAUUUUCGACUGUGGUCGUGCUAGGAUCGGUAGAUGAGAAACCUGGAAGCGAUGAUACAAUAAAGGGUGGACAGAGACUUUCUUUAGAUCAUCCCCAAGAGAUUGAUACAGCCAACCUUGUAAUUCAUCAAUUGGUAUCAAGUUUGAAAGCAAUAGAAAGUAACUCGGUUGCGCAUUUAGUCCUUGUUAUUGAUGGCGCUACUCUCGAUAACAUUGAAAAUGAUCGUGAAGUAUUUACGCUCUUCAUAAACACGGCCGUCAAAGUUGACUCGGUUAUAUGCUGCAGAGCAAGUCCUAUGCAAAAGGCGUUCAUGGUUAAAUCCGUACGCGAAAAUAUUAGUUCCGCUGUGACUCUAGCGAUUGGAGAUGGUGCUAAUGAUAUUGCCAUGAUCCAAGAGGCUCACGUAGGAAUUGGUAUCGCUGGGCUUGAAGGUCUGCAAGCAGCACGUUCGUCUGAUUUCUCAAUUGGCAGAUUCAAAUUCUUGAUUAAACUGCUUUUCUGCCACGGUCGAUGGAGUUAUGUACGCCUCUCAAAGUACAUUUUGGGCACAUUCUACAAAGAACAGUUUUUUUUUCUAAUGCAAGCUAUAAUGCAACCUUUUGUUGGAUAUACUGGACAAAGUUUAUAUGAAAACUGGGGGCUUACAUGCUUUAAUACUCUCUUUUCGUCGUUGUGUGUCAUUGGUCUUGGUAUAUUUGACAAAGACUUAAAUGUCAGUACCGUCAUUGCUGUUCCAGAGCUAUAUCAAAAAGGAAUUAACAACGAAGCGUUCAAUUGGCGAGUCUACAUGAGCUGGUCAUCUUUGGCAUUUAUGCAAGCUUUUUUAGUAUUUUACGUUACGUAUGCGUUGUAUGGCAUAAAACAGCUUACCGAUAAUAACCUGUUUGCUUUCGGACAGCUCAUUUUUACUGCCGCAAUCGCUGUGAUGAAUUUUAAGCUUGUUUUCAUCGAGAUGCAGUAUGUGAACGUUAUUUCUUAUUUUGUAGUAUUCGUUACACUUUUGGGAUGGUUUUUCUUCAAUAUGUUUAUUAGUGACCAUUAUCCUGAUCAAAAUAUUUACCUUGGGAAAUCGCAAUUCUUUCACCAUUUCGGUAAAAAUGCAGGAUGGUGGCUUACAGUGCUUUUGGUUACCGUUCUUGCUUUGGUGUUGGAUAUAAUUUUACAAAUGAUCCGUCGAAUGAUGAAGCCGACUGAUACUGAUAUAUUCGUAGAGUUGGAAAGCGAUGCAUUCAUACACUCUCGGUUUGAGCAGGAAAGCAAGGAAUUCUUCAAUUCUAAUUCUAAUGAAACCGAUGAAAUUGAACAGUACCUAAAAGCUCGCGAGUGA